AUUAAAUCUUUUCCGCUUUGUUUUGAAAGAGAUUCUCCUCUUUUUUUUUCUUCCUCCUGUUCUGCUGUGGGAAAGUUGGGAUGUGGAAGAUCCGUUGUGUUUUUUUCAUCUAUGUGAAUGGAAGGGAUGGUAUGUGUUGACUGAUGGACUCAAUAUGCUAUCACUGAUAGCAUUGGCAUCAUGCAGACUACUGGGGUUGUCCUGGUGCUGCUUGCUGGGGUUGCUGUUGGCCAAAAUCAGUCAAUUUUUGAUGGCACCUGCUCCAGUGUGAUCUACUGCAACAACAAGAUUCUGGAGCUGGUUGAAGCUUCAGAGUUUUUCAAGGACCCCAAAGACUUUGUGGACAUGUGGAUAGUGGAAGACCCAACUAUGGCUCUGGUUUCAUUCAAUGAGAAGGUGUAUUCUAAGGCUAGUAAGGGUUUGGACUACAAGAAGGAGUUGAAGGAAUGGCUCCAGUUGUUUUUCAGAAACACUGACAGGGCCUAUGUGAGCGUUUUACCAACUGAUUGGCCUGAAACACCUCCUCAUUUGCAUAAAAUUGCUGACCCUGCUUUGAAGAGUUGGGCAAAGCACUUGAAUUUAAUGUGGACUGGGUUGGUGAAGAAGACCAGAGCAGAUUCCUACAUUUUUCCUGAAAGGUUUUCUUUGCUGUACAUGCCAAACCCUGUGGUGAUUUCUGGAGGUCGGUACAGGGAAUGGUACUACUGAACUGGGAUGACAACAACUGCAAAGGGGAUGUUGGAGAACUUUGUUGCCUUGAUUGAGGAAUUUGGACUGGUGCCAAAUGGAGGCAGGACUUAUUACACCAAAAGAAGCCAGCCUCCAUUCUUGAUCCCCAUGGUGAAACUAUACAUGGAUCACAUGGAGGAGCUCAAGAGAAGGGAUCCCAAUGUGACAUCUCCAUCUUUUGCAUUUGACUACAUAACUGCGUUGGAAGACGAGUUCCAGUUUUGGGUGAAACGACGAUCAGUGAAUGUGAGCGUGAAUGGGGAGAAUGUGACAAUGUUUGCCUAUGGAACCAACAGCACUGGCCCAAGACCGGAGGAAAUGAGCGAUGAUUUGAAUGUAUCCUCAAAUUUGAAGGGACGAGUCAAAGAGGAAUUUUUCGUGGACAUUAAAACCACGUGCGAGUCCGGCUGGGAUUUUUCUUCUCACAACAAUGAAGAUGACCCAGAAGCACAGAAGUACUUCCAGCUGAGUGAAAAAAUCAGUGAUGGCAUCAUGAAGCUUAUGUAUGACAAAGAGACUGGGUCUUGGUAUGAUUAUGACUUUAUCAAUAAGAGGCAAAGGAAGAACUUUUAUGCCUCAAAUGCGUGGCCAUUGUGGAUGGAUUGCAUUGGGACAGGUACCAAUAAGACAGAGUUAGGCCUGCAAUUUUUGUCUUACCUGGAGAAAGAGAAUGUGACCACUUAUCCUGGUGGGUUGCCUGCCAGUAAGUUUGAGAACACUGGAUUUGCAUGGGAUCAUCCUCAUGGGUAUGCACCUUUGGUGCACAGCAUGGUGACUGCUUUGAGCAGCGUGGACCACCCAAAAACAAAAGCUGCUGCUUUUGGUUUUGCACAAAAAUGGGUUGACAUGAGCUACAGUGCUUAUGUAAAGUCCCAGUCCAUGUUUCAUAGUCUCUUUGUGCUACGAGCUUCACAGAGCUGUCCGGGUGGCGUUCCGCAAGAUGACGAUGCCCAUUGCCUGCUUUCUGUUGGAAUCAUUGCGAAGGAUUGUGGGAGUGGACGGACGAAGGCCCAACCACGAAUAGCGCUUGAAGUCGAAUUCAUCUUGAGAGUGUUGCGUUAG